AUGUGCACCUACAUCUAUACCAUGCACAAGGACUGCAUGCACAGGCAGUACCAAAACACCUUCAAGUGUGUCUCAGCUCGGGGCGGCGUACCAGGCCGGGCCUCGGUCGCCCUCACCCUCGACCACACCAUCCACCUGCCUGACAUCCUGCCGUGGGAGGUCCCGGACCCAAUGUGCAGGGAGAAGACCAAGGUGGCAACGCGGCCGGUGAGCGGUCGAUGCCGUGCGUGCAUGAUGAGGGAGAGGGAGCUGCGGGCUCUGGAGAAGGGCGCUCAGACUCGAGAGGGUGCAAGCACAGCGGUGGGUGUUAGGACGAGCAUUCUCGGCUUGGAGCAGCUUGUCGCCUCGACAAAACCGUUGGAUCUAGAGGAUUGA